AUGGAGGCUCUCGCUAGCACUGGUCUCGCAACGCUGAAGCUAUUUAAGCUUCUUCAAAAGACUGAGUUGGAAUCCACUGAAGACCAGUCGCAUGAAUGGCCGAAGCAUCUCUUGCUUGCUCAAUUUGACCGAUUCGAACUCUGGGCAGUGAAUCUCGGAGUUUUUGUGACGGGUCACGGUUCUCUGGAUUACAGAAUUCGCGAUUCCGGAAUUUUGAAAGAGUCCAUACUUGGAAUGAUGAAAGGCUUGAACAGGUCUCUUGACGAAGCUCUUGACUAUCUUCAUGGCAGUAUUGAACAGGAGGACGAAGAUUCAGACACAGACUCAUCCUCUGAGAUGCAGUCAGAUAUGGACCUGCUUAUUGAUAGCAUCAGGGAUCCUAUUGAUCGACUAUAUAAGAUGGCCGUUUGGAUACGAAACCCAGCAACUAGGAUACCGUCGACGAAAGCCAGGAAUUUGCAGCAAGUCGAUGAAGAAACAAACGUAGAUUUGUUCAAGUCAUUUGAGAAUUUUGAUUACGACCAUGUCAGCUCUCUUUUUCUGGAAUAUGAAAAGAACAAAGCUCUGCAAGAAAAUCUAGUAUCCCAACCCCACGACGCAGUUGGCGACUACGAAGCGCUUGUUGGAGAUCGGGUGUGGGAGCCGAUCAGAAAGACGUUGGAGUUGAACAGAAUGAAAAUAUCAAGUGGCAAUGAAUCAUACCUGAUUCGCCGCAUAGCUCGGGCUAAUGGACUCAGACGGCAGCAAUUUGCUUACUGGAGAAGGCACAAAAACAAGCUCCGUGAACACGCAACUGUUGCCGUGGAAGUUCCAACGCAUGAUUUACCUACUACCAAUCAUAUUAUGCAAUUGGAAAACAAGAAUGAUAAAGUCAAGGCACCUCUCACAGUCACGACGGCUACUCAACUACCCCUUUCGCACGGGACUGGGAAAGAAUUGGAGAAAGAAAACAUCAUGACUCUUGACGUCUCUGAGUAUGCCCCGUCGGCAUGGAAUCCUAGCAAGGACAUCGUUAGCUUUCCACCGCCCCCGAAAGUAUCUACGACUGAUGGAUUUUUUGAAUGCCCAUACUGCUAUACCAUUUGUCCUGCUUCCAUUCUCUCGGAAAAGGCCUGGAGCCGUGACGACUGGAUUCAGCACGAGAUCUCCGCGCACCAAACCGUAUUUCAGUGCCCAAAGCACGAAGAGGAAACCUUUGCCACGCUGGCUACAUACGAAGAGCAUACACAAAAACAUCAUAAAGAAGACGCAAUGCCCCCGAGUUUUGCAAAAUCAACAGCUACCAAUUUCCACCGCUGUUGUCCUGUUUGCUCAAUAGUUUUGGGGACCACGCAAAAGUUACAAAGUCACAUCGCCCUUCACCUUGAGAGGUUUGCCAUGUUUACCUUGCCUCGCUGUGUAGACGAUAAUGACGAAAGAAUCUCCGGUGGCUGGUCUGCUAGUGCUCGUGGUGAUUCUGUGUCAAACACUACUAGCAAAACUGGAAGUGAUAGCGCCGCAUACCAUGGGACAAUCGACGAUAUAGGGGGAAUGAGAGAUAAAAUGAUACUGCUGCGCUCGGCUAAGCCGUUAGAAGAAUUCUUCAUGGAGGAAAUGGAGAAAAUAAGAUUCAAGCUGAAGACUUAUACAAAAAUCGUUAGAGUCUGGCCUACAAGCAACACCACAAACACUGCGCUCUUUGAGCUUGGAAAUAUAUGCAUUGAGGCUGGCCUAAUAGAUGAGGCCAUUGAGACACUCGAACAUCUAAAGUUCCUCCAGAUCAGCCAGCUUGAACACAACGACAUGGAGCUACUGCAGACAAAGCGAGGAUUAGCAAGAGCCUACAAAGUCAAUGACGUGCUGCAAGAAGUGGGUGAAGAGUUGGGGCACGAUGCCGAUCUGGAUAUAGAGCCAAACAAGAGGAAGGCUCUGGAGAUCUUUGUCCGUACUGAGGCUGGGAUGAAACACGCCCAAACGAUAUGGGGCCCCAACAUCUGGGACGUCCAUCCAAGACUACAGAAUGCGGUGGAUAAAAUACUGCAAGAAUCUUAUGCUCAAGCCCGACAACUUCCAAUGAACUUGGCUCGGGAAGAUCCUAAACCAUCCGAAGAGUCGGACAUUCAGGAAGGCAUCGACCUCACCGGCCACAGCGGACAAGACCCCAGCCAAACUGAUCACGACCGCCGGGUGCCCAUGGAUCCGCCUGUUAUCACCGAGUUCGCUUCUGAGCGCUAUUUUGAGAAGCUCCGCCAAAUACAAGCCGAUUACCAACAGGCGAAUGAUGCGGAAUCUCAUGUCACGACGACAGAGACCCCGUCCGGAUUCAUCCUGCCAUUGCGAGAUUCAUCUGAUCUUACGGAUGAGAAGCCCCAACAGUCAGCUCGAGGCAAGAAAAGUUUCCUGUCAUUAAGGAAAAAAGCUGCCGCAAAUGCAAGCGAUGACCUAAAUGCCGUCAAUGCAGUCGCAGAGCAAGAAACGACCGAUAAUCCAGACCAACUCACGGAGGAGGAAGAGCGGGAAAGGCGACAUGAGAAGCGGGAAGCAGAAUCAGAGAUAGGAGUAUUGAGGGAAACGUUUAAAAUACUGUUGAAAGAAUCUCAGGCAGAGGUUGAACAGGCACCUGAAGGCACGGAGCUCAAAUUAGAAGCGCAAGCAUUGGCACAAAUGUUGGCACAACAAACGGCAUUAUACAUGUCUGAUGUUCAAGAAUUAAAAAAUCAAUUCUUUGAGGCAACAGAAAGGUGGGACAAAGGUGAGAAGGGAAACAGAAUGAGCCGCAAGAUUAGAUCAUACGAUUACCGGGGAAUGAAAGAGAUGAUCAACGAUAUACAAAGAAAACGAGAGGGACUAGAAACAUCAGAAGAACGACAGACACGACAGGCACGCGAAGCACGAAGAGCACAAGAGGACCGAUUUAGCCUACAAAUAUCAAAUAUCCGCUUCGAACGACAUAUUCACGAAGGGAGAAAACAGAGGUUUAUUGAGAAACUUGAGAAAGUAAAAGAGGCAAUACAUGCAGACCGUGAACAGCAAAACUCCUCUGCAGCACCGGGGGAAUUGGAAGCACGAGAUCCCUCAACAAAAGCAUCGUCAUUAACAGAAACUUCCGAAUCAGAACUGAACUUUUAUCAAGAGUCAAUAGCAGAAGAAGAAGAAAAGAUAAGGGAGCUUAUUGAGAAAGCAAAAGCACUGGAAGAAGAACUACGUCUCUUCCAUGCAGAAAAAGAAAUACAGGCCCCGUCUGGUAGCGAGAGCCACAAGGUUAAAUCGAGAGGUGGCUUUGCAAUAAUAACAUGGCAAUGUUGUAAAUGCGGAAUGUCGGGGAUGAUAAAGGAAACCAGUCCUCAGUCCGGCACAAUAUACCUAGGCAUAUUCAUUAAAGGUCUUUUCUUCCUGGUCUAG